UCUCGCGAUUCGCAACAUCUGUGCAUGCGUUCAAAAUUGUUUACUCCGAAAUAUUGCACAACACUGGUCAACCCGUAGCAAAGAAGCAAUUUAUCAUACGUGUAUUCCGGUUUAAAUCUGUUCUAUCUUUUAUCAAAUUGUGCAUAUAUUUUUUGCUAGUUCGUAACGGUAGAUACAAUGAAUCCAGAGCCGGUUGAUACGGAAAAAGUUAUCAAUUAUAUCAACACAGAAAUUAUACCCGAUUUGGUAAAACGGCGUGUGUUGACCGUUGCACGUGAAUCCGGCGGCGACUGUCAGUUGGAUACCGUGGAAACCAAACCGCUGGCAGCGGAUGGAACGUUUAUGCUUACAAAUCUCUUCAAGGCCAAAGUAGUGUUACGUAGCAGUACAGCGUCCGGAAUUACACAAGUCUAUCAUCUUGCCGUGAAGGUAACCCCUGAGCUGCCGGAAGAGAUAUACAAUGGCUGCCAAUUCGACACUCUGUUCGAGAAUGAAACCACCGCAUACACAGAAAUUUUUCCUACGCUGGGAAAAUCGGACCUUUAUCCAAAAUAUUUUUAUUCCCAUCGGAAACCACGAGAAGCUGUAAUGGUGCUGAGUGAUUUCAAUGCCGACGGCUGGAAAAUGGCACCGAUGGUGGUGAAAUUGCCGCUGGAUUACUGUUUGCUUGCAGCCCGGGAGCUUGGAAGAUUUCAUGGUGAAUGCUAUGCUCUGAAGAUGGAAAAAAGUGAUUUGUUUGAAAGUAUUAUUAAAAAGUUUAAGGAAUCGCGAUACGGCGCUGAUCUGGGUGAUAUGAACUGGCUGGCUGCGAUGAAAACCGGUCCUAAACGGGCUAUCAAGGCCGUACGCGAAAGUGCUUUCAAGGAUCGUGUUCCAGAGGAGUAUUUGCAAAAACUCGGCCUUGUGCUGGAAGACCCCUGGAGUCAGCAAAUGCGAAGCGUAAAACCAAAAGAACCACUUGCUGUGAUUUGCCACGGGGAUUAUUUACGGAACAAUAUAGCUUUUAAAUAUGGUGAUAAAACGAACCCGGAAAAACCAACCAAUGUAAUGAUGUUCGAUUUUCAAACCCUUCGAUAUGCUUCACCAAUGAUUGACUUUACGAUAUUCAUUGCCAUCUCAACCGGAUAUGACGUGCGGGAGAAGCAUUUUGAAACUAUAUUCAAAGCCUACCAUGAAGAACUGGUGCAAACGCUUUGCAGUAUUAUCGCCACUAAUCCGAAUGAUUUGCCACAAUAUUACAGCUAUGAAUCGUUCCGGCGGGAGUUUGCACAGUAUUACCUGUAUGGUUUUAACAUUGCGUCCAGCUUCCUCGGCAUUCUGUACGAGCCAGCGGAGAGUACUUUUGCACUGGAAAGUAUGUCAACCGAGGAGAUUAUUGAAGAUACUAUGAAGCGCGGUGGACCAGCAUUGGAUAAAGAGCUGGCUGCCAUGGUUUAUGAGCUUUACCGGGAACACCAACGAUAUGGAAUUGAUCCCGAAUAGAACGUACUAAGGGGGGUAAUUUCGAGAGGCUGUUUAAUCAUGUAUUAUGGCUGAUUAGUUGUAAAUUGAUACUUUUCAGUUGAUAAUAUUUUUGUUAAAUAAAUGU